UUGAUUCUUCUUCCAUUUCUCUGCUUCUCAACCCUUUUUCGAAUACCCACUUCGAGAUUCUACCCUCAUGGCUCUUGCUUCUUCCAAAGCUUCAUCCUUUUCUGGUUUUUCUCUCUCAACCAUUGUUGGGGAUGGUCUGAGAAAACCAACUUCUUCUUCUUGUUCUUCUCUGAGCUUUGCUAUCUCUUCUUCUUCUUCCCCUUUUUCUCUUAGCCUUACUGAGAAAUGGGGAAGCAGAAACCUCAGGGUUUGUGCAUCAACUGUGCCUCUCACUGGGGUGGUUUUUGAACCAUUUGAAGAGGUCAAGAAAGAUGCUCUUGCUGUUCCAUCAGCACCUCAAGUUUCAUUGGCUCGUCAGAACUAUGUUGAUGAGUGCGAAUCUGCAAUUAACGAGCAGAUAAAUGUGGAAUACAACGUCUCCUAUGUGUACCACUCCUUGUUUGCAUACUUUGACAGGGACAAUGUGGCUCUCAAGGGACUUGCCAAGUUCUUCAAAGAAUCUAGUGACGAGGAAAGAGAACAUGCUGAAAAGCUUAUGAAAUAUCAGAACAUUCGUGGUGGAAGAGUUGUACUUUACCCCAUCAAGAAUGUGCCCUCAGAAUUUGACCAUGAGAAAAAGGGAGAUGCAUUGUAUGCAAUGGAAUUAGCUUUGUCUUUGGAGAAGUUAACAAACGAAAAACUUCUGAAUGUGCACAGUGUGGCAGAGCGCAACAAUGACCCUGAAAUGGCAAACUUCAUUGAAAGCGAGUUUUUGACUGAGCAGGUUGAGGCAAUUAAGAAGAUAUCAGAGUAUGUGGCUCAAUUGAGAAUGGUUGGAAAGGGUCACGGUGUUUGGCACUUUGAUCAAAGACUUCUGCAUGGGGAAGAUGCUGCUUGAUCUUGAAUAGCCUUCUUUUAGUUUCGUUCAACUUGGGUAUUUUCUUAAGUUCUGGGUUGUUUUCUGUUUCCUAUGUACUGAGAUUUAGGAACUCAGAGUAAUGUAUCUCCUAGUAUCACAUGUAAAACGCUACAAGACUAUUAUGCAAUAACAUCUGUUAACCUCUUUCAAUAAUCUUUGUCUGCAAUAAAAAUGGCGUUGGUUACUUAGGUCUAUAUGGAAUUAUGUGAUGCUUUGAAAAUUUCAUAUACUGAAAUCUAGAUACUGCAGAAUACUAG